AUGAGUUAGAAGCUUAAGAUUAGAAAGCCUGCUCCAGCCUUCACAGCCACAGCUUACGUGAAUGGAUCAUUCAAGAAAGUGUCACUUUCCGAUUUCAAAGGCAAAUACUUGGUCUUAUUCUUUUAUCCAUUGGACUUCACUUUUGUUUGCCCAACAGAGAUCAUCGCUUUUUCUGACAGAGUUGAAGAUUUCAGAAAGAUUGGAUGUGAGGUAGCUGCUGUUUCAGUAGAUUCACACUUCUCCCACAUGAAGUAUUGCUAGACCCCAAGAAAUCAAGGAGGAUUGGGAGACAUGCAAAUUCCUUUGAUUGCUGACUUAGGAAAAACUAUUUCUGCUGAUUAUGGAGUUCUUAUCGAUGAUCCUUAAGAUGGAGAUUUUGGAGUUGCUUUCAGAGGCACUUUCAUCGUCGACAAGAAUGGUGUUCUCAGACAUUAUUCAGUCAAUGAUUUACCAGUCGGAAGAAAUGUCGAUGAAACAUUGAGAUUAGUACAAGCAUUCUAAUUCACAGAUGAACACGGUGAGGUUUGUCCAGCAUCAUGGAAACCAGGAAAACCAACAAUGGUUCCAGAUCACGGAAGUUAAAAGCUCUAACAAUAUUGGACAGAUGAACAUGCCAAAAAGAAUGAAUGAGUCAAUUAUUAAAUAAAAAAUUUAUAAAAUUGUGUUUCGAUAUAUAUCAUUGAGUUAAA